UAUUUACUAAACUCUUGUAGGUUUGGAUAAUUGCUCUUAGAGCAGGAAACACUGAUGUUUCGCUGAAAGCAAUCCAUUUAUUAAACUCUAACUACUUGGGUCGGGGUCAGGAGUUUAUCACCACUUGUAUGUCCUAUUUACAGGAAGCAACCAGUAACCUGGAUAAUCUUACCGGAAGUGAGGAUCAGCUGUUACGGAUACAAAGAGCUCUUCUCCUUCUCAAAUCUCAUAUGGAAACCUUCAGGAAGAAAUAUGCAUAUAAUUUCCGUCGUUUAGCCCUAGAAGGAAAGUCUGUUCCGUCCCAUGCCGACCUAGUGAGUGUUCGGCAUUCAUCUCCACUGAGAAUAGUGGUUCAACCAGGAGGAUCUAUUGGAGAGAAAGUGACCUUCGACAUGAGUAGUUCAGAUCUAGUCUCAGAGCUAAGAGCAGAGAUUACUUCUUGGUGGGAGGAAAAGGUUGGGUCUAGCCUGGAGGUUGGUAGUAUGCUUGGAAGCCUACUAGGAGGGUCAUCUGUUAUAGGAGGAAAAGGAAAAGCUAAGCUUCAUCUCAGACUUAUAUCACAGGGUCAAGAACUGCACCGCGAUAUGGAUGAGAGAUCUCUAUCUGAUGUCGGAUUCAAGGAUAUGCAGCUUGUGUUUGCAAAUAUUGGAUCUACCAACAGACCAGGGCUAGAAAGAGCAGAGCUCCCUCCCUUUCCUGGCCGCAGUCAGAUUCCAAUGUUACUCCUGUUGGAGUCUAAACAUUUUGACCAAUUGUUCAGUCUGAUGUCUAAACUGUCAUCAUUAACUGCUACAAGGAAGGAAGCUGGUGUUUUGGAUACCAGAGCUCAGAUACUUUCCAGACGAGUUUGGGAAAUAAUAUUAUUACUGCCUACCAACCCAAAUAUUAUGAGAGGAUUACAGGAAAUUGAUCCUAGUUCUGGAUUUGAAUCUCUGCUGGAUCCUAACUCUGCUCAGAAAUUGCUUUACUCCUUCUAUAUUAUUGAUUGGUUGGGAAGACCUGCUAGACUUAGACGCUUCUCAGGCCUUGCUGAAGCCUCCUCUCCACACACUGGCCAGAAUCAGGUUCAGUCUGGGUGGAUCAAGCAGUUUAUAUCUGCUGGUGGAUUGAAGCAUCUGUUCUCUGUGUUCCUGUCCGGUGUGCUGGGAAGGCGAGGGGAUUCCUGCUGGUCAGAGUGGAGCCUAGAUUGUCUAGGCUUCCUUCUUCGUCUUCUAGUUCAAUUUGGAGUAGAUCAGGUAGACGCUGAUACUCUAGCAGAUCAGUUAGUGGAGUCUACAGCAUCUACUAAAAAGAGAAACAAGUGGAUAUUCUCUAGGCACACCAGACUAAUCAGAGCCAAACUUUUUCCUUCUAUUUUUAAUUGAAAGGGACUGUCCAUAUUACGAGUUGGAUUCCUGAUUAACAAUAGUACCCUCAGUAAAAAUGAUUCAGUUAUCAUGUUCUAGAUGAAAUUUAAAAC